AUGGACGCACAAAAAUCAAAAUCAAGUUCUACGACAAGGAAGCAUGGUAGUCAGCCGCGACAACGCAUGGUUCAAAACUACCUCUUAGUUUGGGUGGAUGCCAACAUCGAUGAAAAGAACCAAGACUGUCAGAACACUUUGACACAUUUACGAAGUGUUGUCAAUGAUGUCAAUAUAUACACUCAACCGGAUGCUUGCGUUCAAUUUCUCAACAGCAUUGCUGACGAAAAGGCUUUCGUUAUCACAUCGGGUUCCUUAGGUCAACACUUAGUUCCCGAGAUUCACGGCAUUCCACAAGUGAAUACCAUCUACAUCUUCUGUGGCAACAAAUCCAGACAUGAAACCUGGACAAAGAGCUGGUCAAAAGUCAAAGGUGUUCACACAAAUAUCAUAGAAAUCUGUGAAGCACUGACCACGGGUGUUAAACAAUAUAAUCAAGAUUCCAUCGCCAUGAGUUUUGUUACCGUAGGAGGAGAGAGUUCCAAUGCCAAUCUCAAUCAACUGGAACCCAGUUUUAUGUACACGCAAAUAUUUAAGAAGAUUCUCCUCGACAUGGAGCAUGACAAACAAGCAAUCAAAGACCUGGCCAAUUACUGUCGCCAGCGUUUUCAAGACAACAUCGAAGAGCAAAAUGCUAUCGAUAAGUUCGAAGAUGAAUAUCGUCCGAACAAUGCCAUUUGCUGGUAUACAUACGAGUGUUUUACCUACCAAAUGCUCAAUCAAGCACUUCGCACUUUGGAUGGCGAAGUCAUUAUUAACAUGGGAUUCUUUCUUCAUGAUCUACACAAACAAAUACAACAACUACAUCAAGCACAGGUCAGUAAUUACAAAGGAAAACCUUUCGUAGUCUACCGUGGACAGGGACUAUGUAAGACAGAUUUUGAUCAGUUAUCAAAAACUGUAGGUGGUCUUUUAUCUUUCAACAACUUUUUAUCCACCAGUACCACACAAGAGAAAUCUCUUGAGUUUACCUACAGCGCUCUCGGUGAUCUCGACAUGGUGGGUAUUCUGUUCGUGAUCACAAUCGAUCCAAAUAUUAAUACUACUCCAUUCGCAUCGAUUGGCGGUGUUAGUUACUACAAAGACGAAGCAGAGAUCCUGUUUUCCAUGCACAGCGUGUUUCGAGUCGGUACAAUUCGACAAACAGGUGACAAGAAUAAACUUUACCAUGAGGUGCAACUUCAGUUGACUGCUGAUGAUGAUCCCCAACUGCGUGUGUUAACGGACCGUAUUGAAAGUGAAGUUCAAGGUAGUACAGGAUGGCAUCGUUUGGGUCGCUUAUUGCUUAACCUCGGACAGUUGGAUAAAGCUGAAGAACUCUACAAUGUGUUACUGGGACAAACAUCCGACAAGAGGGACAGAGCACACUAUUAUCAUCAACUUGGCUACUUAAAAGAUGAUCAAGGUGAUUAUAAAAUGGCUAUAGAAUACUAUGAAAAAGCCCUUGAAAUUAGAGAAAAAUCUCUUCCUUCGAAUCACCCUGAUUUGGCUACUUCGUACAACAACAUCGGUGCGGUGUACGACAACAUGGGAGAGUAUUCGAAAGCACUUUCAUUCUAUGAAAAAGCACUUGAAAUCUACCAAAAAUCUCUUCCUUCGAAUCACCCUUCGUUGGCUACUUCGUACAACAACAUCGAAGCCCUUGAAAUCAGAGAAAAAUCUCUUCCUUCGAAUCACCCUGAUUUGGCUACUUCGUACAACAAAAUCGGUGCGGUGUACUACAACAUGGGAGAGUAUUCGAAAGCAAUAUCAUUCUAUGAAGAAGCCCUUGAAAUUAGAGAAAAAUCUCUUCCUUCGAAUCACCCUGAUUUGGCUACUUCGUACAACAACAUCGGUGCGGUGUACUACAACAUGGGAGAAUAUUCGAAAGCACUUUCAUUCUAUGGAAAAGCACUUGAAAUCUACCAAAAAUCGCUUCCUUCGAAUCACCCUGCGUUGGCUACUUCGUACAACAACAUCGGUGGGGUGUACAAGAGCAUGAGAGAGUAUUCGAAAGCGCUUUCAUUCUAUGAAAAAGCACUUGAAAUUAGAGAAAAAACUCUUCCUUCGAAUCACCCUGAUUUGGCUACUUCGUACAGCAACAUCGGUUGGGUCUACAGAAACUCUCUGGACUAUUCGAAAGCACUUACCUAUUUCGAACGUGCUUUGGACAUUCGUCAACGUGCAUUACCGGCGAAUCACCCUGACAUAAAAUCUGUAAAACAAAGUAUCGAAAAUUGUAAAAGAGCAAUGAAUGAAUAA